AACCCGAGAAAAUAAAGAGAGAAAAAAGCAUGGGAAUGAUGGAGAAUUCUGCAUCAAUGGUGAUUCCAUUACUCCUUCGUAACACGGUAACUUCAGUUCUUAUUUACGCCGACAAAUUCCUCUUGAACUUCGCAAGAAAAUACAAACUACUCGAAAUCAUACGUUAUCUUGUAAUCAAUUCCUUUAUUUUCUUUCUGCGCUUGUUCCCUUCUUAUUCGCACUCUCUACGACCCGAUGAUUACUCGUUUAAGCCCCACAAAAACGAUGUUUACGCUGUCGGCGACACGGGAUCGGUCGGCCGCUUUGGCAGUUACUGUCGAGUGUUAAUGACAUUCCGGUUAGCUCGAGAAAAUACGAAAUCGUUUGGUCUUUAGCUGAAAAGGUUAUAGAAGAGAAUUAUAAGGAAGGCAUUGAAGGAUUACGUGAAGUUAAUCGGACGUUUCUGUCGGCGGCUUUUUCGAGGACCCUUGCCCGGGUAGAAGAUGCGAUGGGUUUUACGGACGGUUCGAUCGGUUGGCGAGGGAGUGUGGAGCGGGAGGGAUGAAGUGAGGCGGUCGGGGAACUCGGCGGAAAAGCUGGCGGCUGAUGGUUGGCGGAGAAAUUGGUGGCUUGUGGAUUUAAGGAAGAGCCCGUUGAGAGAUGGGCUGCGGCUUCGAAUUUGGCUUCGCUUUCUCUUUUGGCUGAGCCGCGUCUUCAAAGUUCGCUUUUUAGAGUUUCCGCUUUUUUGUUCAAACAAACCAAGGGCAUGGGACUGGAAGAGACCGAAGGAUGCAAGUGCAACAACAAAGAGAGGUCGAGGCAAACAAUGCUGAAGAUGCUAACAUCAUGGCUGCCAUUGCUAUGCCGAGUUAGCAACGGCAUCGACAUGCCGGUGCUAAGCAGAAGCGGAAGAGCCGAGCUUGGAAAAAUAUUGGAAGACGCCAUAGAUAUGUUACAACACGAGGAACAAGAGCAAGUCCUUUCACUUUGGCUUCACCAUUUCUCGUAUUGCCCGUCCUCUGACUGGCCUAAACUCCACGAUUCGUACGCUCGGUGGUGCAUCUCGCAAGCUAUGUUCAUGAACAUGUAUGUCGUAUGAUAUUGGAUUUGAUUUGAUCAUUUGAACCUAUAAAAUGGUGUCCAAAAUAUGUUCAUAAAGGAGCAAUGAGAGGAAAUCAUCGCUUUAUUUCAUGUACUCUGGGUUAUUUUUUCACAUA